GCCUCGACCAAGUAGUCUACUCCCUCAUCUCUCAUUUUUGUAAAGCGUUUGUUUCAGCCAUGACCACGAAUUUGAGUUAGUCAUCCCAAGGUGUUGAUGUGGGCCCUGCCAGUGGUGCCACAGAAAUGGAAAUUUUAAUCGUACCUUAAAGUUUUUUCCCCUCUCCAACAGACCAGCGUGUUUCUCAAAGAAUAUUCAACGAGAAAUAUGAUUUGGCACUUGGGUCUCGCGCUGCUUCUUCAUCAUCAGCUAUUCACCUCACCGACUUACUCGGCCGUGGUGUCUCCCCAAGACCCUGUACUGCAGGUGGGCUCCAGCCUGACGGCCGCUUGCACCCUGGCCCCAGGCCUGGAGCAGCACGCCAGCUUCCUCUACUGGACCCUGAACGGCCAGCGGCUCCCCAGCACCACCUACCACGCCCUGGGGCCCGGGGCCCUCUCCGUCACCCUGCACAACCUCAACGGCUCCCAGCAGCAGUCCGGGGACAACCUGGUCUGCCACGGUCACAAGGGAGAGGUGCUGGGAGGCUCCUGCGUCUAUGUUGGCAUGCCACCGCAGAGGCCGGUGAAUCUGAGCUGCUGGUCCCACAACACUAAAGACCUGACCUGCAGCUGGAGUCCCGGGGGGCCAGGAGAGACCUUCAUCAGGACCACCUACACACUCAAAUACAAACUCAGGUGGUUUGGGCAGGAGACGGUGUGUACAGACUACAGCAAGGGACCUCUAACCUGCUACAUCCCCAGUGGCUUGGCCAUCUUCACCCCCUACGAGAUCUGGGUGGAGGCCACCAACCAGCUGGGGUCCGCCUCCUCACUCACACUCACCAUGGACAUCCUGGAUGUGGUGACGACGGACCCCCCUCCUGACGUGCAGGUGAACCGUGUGGGGGACCUGGGGGAUCAGCUGACGGUGCGGUGGAGGAGCCCUCCCGCCCUCAGAGACUUCCUGUUCCGCGCUAAAUACCAGAUACGCUACCGACUGGAGGACAGCGCAAACUGGAAGGUGGUGGAGAAUGUGGGUAACCAGACCUCGUGCCGCCUGGCGGGGCUGAGGCCGGGCACGGUGUACUUCGUCCAGGUGCGCUGCAACCCCGUGGGCAUCUACGGCUCCAGGAAGCCCGGCAUAUGGAGCCAGUGGAGCCCGCCUAUGGCAGCCUCGACACCCCAGAGCGGUAUGCAGAUGGGGUCAUGUGAUGCCAAGUCGGGCGCCCAGACAGCGGCCAUGCGUCGGGAGCUGAAGCAGUUCCUGGGGUGGGUACGCAAACACGCCUCUGGGUGCGGCAGCGUCAGCAUCAAGCUCUAUGACCAGUGGCGCGCAUGGCUGCAGAAGUCACAGAAGACACGCAACCAGGUCGAUUCUGCAAGGUGAUAAAUCAUAGUGCAGCGCUUGCGUGCAGCACACACGCACACACACACACACACACACACACACACACACACACACACACACACACACACACACACACACACACACACACACACACACACACACACACACACGAUGGACUUACAGGGUAUAAAAGAUGCAGGAGGAGACUGGGAUGCUCAAAAGUGUGAGGUGAUGAAAUGUGGGCUCAGAUGGUUCUGCCUCUAUAGACUGUCUGGAGGUCUGGACCAAAGGGAGCCGGAAGACCACACACUCGCACAGCCUGCCUCCCACACAUCACACACACACACACAGCUGAACUGAGUGGAGAGCUAUGGCGAGAUAUUGAAAACCUGGACCUUGCAAUGUAACUUCAGUGGAAGGGGUCUGACUGACUGUAUUCUUCUGUUCUCCUGUUUGCAGAGACGUGGUGCGAUCUCGCUUACACACGUGGAUAUUUUUUAUAAAACAGAUUAAUUUUCUAACAGUUUUACACAACAUUCAGAUAAAAAUGGCUGUAAUGUCAAAACAAAUGCCCAUGGAUAAUGGAAUCAUUUGGCAUGGGAGCUAUGGCUCUGCCAUGGACUGAACCAGCCAAACAUGUUAUUAUGUACAUUUUAGGUCUUAAAUCUUAAGCAAAAACUCAUUUAAAAAAAAAAAAAUUGAUUUAGUGAGUUAAAAUUCUGUAUAUUUGAAAGUACCAAGAGGAUGAAAAGUAUGCAUUUACAGAAAUAUCCCCGUAUGUGUUAACAGGCUCUUGGUUGCUCUCAAAUGCAAAGAUUUGCACGUACAGUAACUAUGGAUGUUUAAACACAACAUUGAUGUAUAAAGCUUUUUACUGUACAAAUAUUCAGCUUCAGCUUUGCUUGUAAGUACUUGCUUCAUGUAAACUGAAACACAGACACACAAAUGAAACCAUGUUGACUUAAUGCUGCUAUGAUGGUCCUCUUGUUACAGUGUAAUUAGUCAGACGUCGGCUCUUCAAAGAAUUUACCAGUUGAAAGAGUUUAGUUUUGUUUAGUCAUGUAUAUUGCCUACUUAAUGUUAGAAGACUUCUUAAAAUAUAUUAAAUACAUUAUUAUUAUACAUGUUUUUGUAUCUGAUUUUCUAUCUGCUCAUUUGAAAUGUUUGUAUAUAAAGAAGACAUGGACCAAAAUGUACUGAAGACAGUGUCUUUCAUAAUAAAAGUCUUUCCUUUCAACGUGUAA